AUGAAAGAAACUCAGAGGCUGUGGAACAAUAACGAAACAAUCCUGCAAUGCUUUAUCAUGAUGUUCAUUUGGAAGGCAGUUUUUGCGCAGAUCCACUAUUCCAUUCCUGAGGAGAUGCAGAAAGGCUCUUUUGUGGGGAAUAUUGCAAAAGAUCUAGGAAUGGAUGGAAAGCAUCUUUCAGAACAUGGACUCCGGAUUGUCUCCCGAAUAGGUACAAGUCAAUAUUUUACUUUGAAUGUUAUCAGUGGCCAUUUACAAAUCUCAGAGAGAAUAGACAGAGAAGAAAUUUGUGGAAGGGCAGAGGACUGCAUGUUAAAUUUCCAGGUUAUUAUUGAGAGUAAAUUAGAGAUCUAUGGAGUUGAAGUGGAAAUUGUUGAUAUAAAUGAUAAUGCUCCACAGUUCCCAUCAGGGAAACAGAAACUGAAAAUUAGUGAGUCAUCUAUGCUAGGGUCCCAGUUUCCUCUUCCUGAAGCUCAAGAUCCAGAUCUGGGUAUAAAUUCUAUACAGAGCUACCAUCUCACGGGGAGUAGCCAUUUCUCUUUGGAUGUGCAAACAAGAGAAACUGGUGCUAUGCAUGUCAAACUGGUGUUGGAAAAAAGUCUGGACAGGGAACAGCAACCAGUUCAUGACCUAAUCCUUACAGCUACUGAUGGGGGCAAUCCAGUGAGAUCUGGCACUACUCAAAUCCAAGUUAUCGUUCUGGAUGCAAAUGACAAUGCACCAACUUUCAUCCAGCCAGUCUACAAAGUUAAUGUUGAGGAAAACAUUCCUAAAGGGUCCACUGUAGCCACUAUAAGAGCCACUGAUGUAGAUGAAGGAAUAAAUGGGGAAAUAAAAUACUCAUUCAAAAAAAUCACAGAGAAAGAUUCUAAAAUAUUUUUUUUAAACUCAACAACCGGUAUCAUAACACUUGUAGGCAACCUUGAUUAUGAGGAGUCUUCAUUAUACGACUUCGAGGUGAACGCUGAGGAUGGGGGAGGGCUUAGUGACUGGUCACAAGUUGUGAUUGUUGUUAUGGAUCUGAAUGAUAACGCCCCUGAAUUAGCAAUAAACUUUUUAAUCAAUACCAUACCCGAAAACUCUCCUGUAGGCACUGUUAUUGCUCUCUUAAAUGUACAAGAUAGAGAUUCAGGAGUCAAUGGUGAGGUCACAUGCUCAAUUCCAAGCAAACUGCCUUUCCAGCUGAAGAAAUCUGUUGACCACUUUUAUAGUUUAGUGACAUAUGACAACCUUGACAGGGAGAGGGUAACAAACUAUAAUGUCAUCAUUACUGCUGCUGAUAAUGGCACUCCAUCACUUUCUAUGUCUGCCCAUAUCUCACUGCAAAUUCUAGACAGAAAUGACAAUGCUCCUGUAUUCGCAGAACCAUCCUACGUGUCUUAUUUCCUAGAGAAUAAUCCCAGAGGAGCCUCAAUAUUUUCUUUAACAGCAAAUGAUCCAGACUGGGAAGAAAAUUCCAGAAUAACUUAUUCAAUUGUUGAAGGACACAAAAAGUCCAUUCUUUCAUCAUACCUGUCCAUUAAUUCUGAAACAGGGAUUAUUUAUGCCUUAAACUCAUUUGACUACGAAGAGUUCCAUGAGAUUAGUUUCCUAGUCCAGGCCCAAGAUGGAGGCUCCCCAUCACUCAGAUCCAAUGUCUCAGUGACACUCUUCAUCCUCGAUCAGAAUGACAAUGCCCCAGAAAUCUUGUACCCUUCUGUCCCCACUGACGGCUCUACUGGAGUAGAGCUGGCCCCCCACUUGUCUGAGCCUGGAUAUCUGGUCACUAAGGUGGUGGCGGUGGAUGCAGACUCUGGGCAGAAUGGAUGGCUCUCCUAUCAGUUACUCAAGGCCACGGAGCCAGGGCUCUUUUCCAUAGGACUCCACACUGGAGAGAUCAGGACGGCCCGCUUCUUUCUGGACAAGGAUGCUCUCAAGCAAAGCCUGGUGGUUUUAGUGAAGGACAAUGGGCAGCCCCCUCUCUCAGCCUCAGUCACGGUCACUGUGGUGCUGGCUGACAGCAUCCCUGAAAGCCUCUCUGAUAUUAGCAGCAUCUCAGCACCUGCAGACCCCCAGUCGGACCUCACCUUCUACCUGGUGGUUGCUGUGGCUUUUGUCUCCUGCUUGUUUUUCACCUUCCUUCUUGUGUUGCUGGCACUCAGACUUCGCAAGUGGAGGAAUUCUCAGUUGUGUGAUUCUGGAAGUGUGAAUUUCACUGGUGUUCCUGUCUCUCAGUUUGUCGGGAUCGACGGAGUUCGAGCAUUUCUUCGCUCCUAUUGCCAUGAGGUUUCAUUAACUUCGGGCUCUCGGAAAAGCCAGAUUCUUUUUCCUAUUGGAAGCUGCACAAAUACCCUGGCACCACAGCAGGCUCGUGAUCAACCAGAUCCUUUGUUAAUAACAGGUGAUUCAGCCAUAAUUGUUGAAGAAGCAGCAAUCAGUCAGGUAGGCAUGUAA